UGCUUUACCGAGCUAGCUGGUUGUUGCUUGAAACAUGGCGUCCCGGUGCAGCGUCUCUACACUGUUUCCUGUCCAAAGUCAGCUGGAUAACGCCUUAGAUGACGCUGCAACACAACAAGAAAAAGAAGAUCUCGUUCAACAAUAUCUUAAAAAGUUAGACGAGAGAGAGGACCUGAAGAUACCCGAUUUCCAGACAGGCUUAGAGUGGCUGAACACGGAGGGGCCUCUCUCUUUAAACAAGGAACUGGCUGGUAAAGUGGUGCUGCUGGAUUUCUUCACUUACUGCUGCAUCAACUGCAUCCACAUCCUUCCUGACCUGCAUCAACUAGAGAAGAGACACUCUGUAAAAGAUGGGUUGGUUAUUGUUGGUGUGCACUCUGCCAAAUUCCCCAAUGAAAAGGUCCUGGACAACAUCCGAAGCGCUGUGCUCCGCUACGACAUCUGCCACCCCGUGGUAAACGACAGCGAGGCGAGUCUCUGGCAUGAACUGGAGAUCUCCUGCUGGCCCACGCUGGUCCUACUUGGACCACGUGGCAACUUGCUCUUCUCCCUGGUGGGUGAGGGCCACCGUGACAGGCUGAUGCUUUUCACUGACUGCGCUCUGCGUUAUUAUGGGGUGCGUGGUCUGCUCAAGGCUCACACAGUGGGAAUCAAGCUGUACAAAGACGCCCUGCCACCCAGCAUCCUUUCUUUUCCUGGAAAGGUGGCUAUAGACAACAGUACUAAAAGGCUUGUCAUAUCAGACACAGGACAUCACAGAAUACUGGUGGUGUCUUCUACUGGAGACCUGCUACAUGUCAUAGGAGGGCCUGAAAGCGGGAGAAAAGAUGGCGACGUGUCUGAAGCUUCCUUUAACUCCCCUCAGGGUGUGGCCAUUAAAGGGGACACUGUAUACGUGGCUGACACGGAAAACCACUUGAUUCGAAAGAUCGACCUGUUAGAGGGAAAAGUCAGCACUCUGGCUGGAGUAGGCACUCAAGGGACAGACAAAGAGGGCGGGGCUAUGGGACCACAGCAGCCAAUCAGCUCUCCUUGGGAUGUGAUGCUUGGCACUGCCAGCGGCGAUGAAGACAACGUGCUGUGGAUAGCCAUGGCAGGGACUCACCAGAUCUGGGCUUUGUUCCUAGCUGAUGGAAAACUGCCCAAAGGAAGCGAGUCCAAGGCAGGGAUUUGUGUGCGAUGGGCGGGCAGCGGCAACGAAGAGAACCGGAACAACGCCUACCCUCACAAGGCAGGCUUUGCCCAGCCUUCAGGCCUGGCUUUAGCCCCAGAGGAGCCCUGGAGCUGCAUGUAUGUGGCUGAUAGCGAAAGCAGCACCAUCCGAAUGCUGGCGCUGAAGGAUGGAGCCGUCAAGUUGCUGGUCGGAGGAGAGAGAGACCCACUGAACCUUUUUGCUUUUGGGGAUAUGGACGGGAAAGGGGUGGAUGCCAAACUCCAGCAUCCUCUCGGUGUUGCCUGGGCUUCCGAACAAAACUUGCUCUAUGUAGCCGACUCCUACAACCACAAGAUCAAGGUGGUGGAUCCAAAAACAAAGCAGUGUAGCACAUUAGCAGGAACAGGAGAUGCUGGAGAUACUCUGGGUCCAGAGUUUAACAAAUCCUGCUUCAAUGAACCCGGAGGAAUCUGUGUCGGUGACGGCGGAAAACUGCUUUACGUGGCCGAUACCAACAACCACCAAGUCAAAGUGCUGGACCUGACCUCCAAGACUGUCUCGCUGCUCCCCAUCUCCCGCGAGUGCACAGAUUCGGUACCUACAAAGCCCUCGGGUCCGACCAAAGCCCCCACGCUGCCUAAAUCAGCUGCCAGGAAAGAAAUGCCGCCAGUAGCGGUGACUGCGGGCCAGACUGUCAUCAUGUCUGUCACACUGUCACUUCCAGAAGGGACCAAACUCACUGAAGAGGCGCCCAGCUGCUGGGCACUCUCAGCAGAGGGUAACGAGUGGCUGCUAGACCAUCAGGUGCUUACUGGUUCCAUUAAGGAUCUCUCACAGCCCCUCUGCAUCUCAGCCAAACUUCCAGUCGUUAUGAAGGAAACAAACGGCAGUCCAAGCCUCACGUUGGCCGUGUGGGCGUACUACUGUACGGAAGCAGGUAAAGCCUGCAUGAUGAAAGCGGCUUCAUUCUCCCAGCCUCUUCAAAUAAACGCCAGUUCUGGAGAGGGAGAGGUCAUCGUGGAGUUGACUCAUGCCUUCUGAAGCCGCCUACAUGUCUUAGUUAAAAUAGCCUUAGAUACUCGGAUGUCUCUUCACAUAUAACACAUUAGCUCGGUAAUGUUCUCGACUGUGUGCGACGGCUAUUAAAGGAGUGCAGAUAGACACCUGCAGAUAUACUAUAUAUUAUAUUUAUGUAGUGAGCUCUCAUGACGACAGGUUGCAUUGCUAAUAUGUGGGGGUUUUGCCAAGUUGUUUAUCAAAACUAAAAGAAUAAGGAAACUUAUUAAAGUUAUUUAAUGAGAAACUAUGAAUAUCUAAUUUAUCGUAGCACUGCUGGUGUGAUUGAUGGGCAGAUAAAUAAAGGGAUUUUCAUCCGUUCUCUUAUCUUCUGGAAAAUCUAAAGUUCUUUCAGGUGUUAAAAACAAAGUAAAAACUAAAACUUCAGCUUUAUAGUUUCACUUUAAUUGAGGAAGGAGGAUUUGAAGUGAUUAUUAUUAUGAAUAUUAUUAUUAUAAGCUGAUAAGUAAUAAAAUAAGUAGAAUUUCUUUAAAUGGAGACUUUAUAUGAAUCAGCUUUUCAAUGCUAAUAUCGAGUUCCAGCCAGUGUCUUCAUAAAAAAAGGAUAUUUGAAUUAUGUAAGGCUUUCAUAGGGAUUAUUAGGUUAGGAUAAAAAUCUAUAUCUUUCAUUUAAUCUCAGCCCAGCAGAGGAGGUAGUUAGCAGGAGAGGACAGAUGUGUGACGCUUAAGUCUUUAUGCAGUUGGGGGUUUAUUGAACGUGUCCAUGCAGAGACUCUCAUUUCUCGUUAUCAUUAUAAUGUUAAAGUUGUGCAGCGCCGCGGUAUAAACGUUUUCACUUUCCUCCUUUAAAUGCUGUAUUACCACAGAUCAGCGCGGGGUUGGUUUGGUCACAUCAGCUUGGAAAGGUGCCCGCCGAUCGAGCUCCCAUCCCGCGUGCAUUUGUUUACACGUGUGGCAGCAGACUGAUUCUUCUUAAGCCGUUUACACUGUUCUCUCGUAGCCCGAAAGCUUUCCGAUUGCGAUUAUUCACAGCGCACCAGAAGCUGUUUUGAUUCCGAACCACCUGUUAUUUUGAGUAAUGAGUAAAGUGCCUGUUUUCGAGGAGGGGGAAGCAGCCGAGGACACUGACAUGACUGCCGCCUGUUCCCGCACGCUGAAACCAAAGUCUCAUUAAAUUCUCUCCAUCAAGCAUUUAUACACUUCAUCUCAGCUUCACAAAGGGAACAUUAUAUGAAAGGAAUGCUAAUAAUGAUCCGCUCGAUCACGUUGUGUAAUGCGAUAUGAUAAUGUGGAAGUUGUUUUGUCAUUUUGCCUUUAUUGGUUUACUAAGUUAUGAGUUGUUGUGAGAACGUUUUGAUUAUCGUUGCUGUCAUCAUGUCUCAUAACCUAAUUGUGCUCGUCAGCCUGCUCUUAUUUGGUUUGGCUCACUCAGCCCAAGUGCCUUGGAAAGGAUUGCAUGGAUGGUGUACAUUCAUGGCACUUUAACCGUAUUAGAAGCAAUAUUGUUUUGUUUUUCCUUUCUCUUUUUUUCAACUCCCACAAGUUAUUUAUUUCCAGCGAACUGCAGUUGUUGUACUUUCUCGGCUCUCUUAUCCCUCUGGCACUUUUUAAUGAGCACUAAUAACCUUUGGGUGGCUGUCAGUGGGCAUUAAGCUCCUGAUAUUGUUUUGUAACUCUCACUUGAUUUUGUUUUUUUCUUCAUUUCUGACUUCUCAGACACAUUUUGGCAUGCUUUUGUCUUCAGGGGCACCUUGUUAAUACUUUGGCUUCUCCGUGUUGGACUUCAAUAUGCAGCACAGUGAGGAAAAACUAAUAAAACUUAUUUUAUCUAGUCUG